CACGCCGAGCCGGCGAGAAAAGAGGGAGCGCGAGAUUCCGUCUUGUACGUAAGCUGUCUCACUCCGCGUCCGCCUGACUGCCGUUUAUUUGCGUGCGAAGGGGACGCUGGUGCUCAGAGAACAACCUGAAUUUCUUUUUAUUUUAUAAUUUUUUUCUUCUCCGAACGUGCCGGAUAGCAGACGUCCACCUGCCCUAGACAUCACGGGGCUCCGCGGUUCACCUGAGGCGCACGAGGACAUCGUUUGCAUGAAACUGAGCACAGAUAAAAGCUGUGGAUGCAACUGUCUUCGAUUUAUAGAAGAAAGGUGGAAAAGUGGGAGAGGGACCAGUGACCACAGGCGGUUACACCUCAGCUAAAAUUUCCUCCAAACCCAAACCCAACCUCAAGCGCAUCAUGUCGCUCAGCACUUUCCACCUCAUGCAGACCCUUAAGAACUCUCCGGCUGCAUUACGUCGCCGCUUUCGCCGCGACCGCACAGAGUCUUUGUCCCAUGGUGAUCCUCUCUUCAAAGUCCACUACCUGGGCACAGAGAAAAUCUUCUCUCUGGAUCGAGAGCAGGCCCAGGAUGCUAUUAACCACUUGCUAGAGGGUAUUGCUAAUGGGAAGAAGCCAAGCAAAGAUCACGCCCUGGUGGUGCGCCCAAGAUACGUCGAGGUCAAGGAGCUGAGCACAGGUCGGCAGCUGACUAAGACAUACCUGCAGGACAUUGCGUACUGUGCUGCCGAUGCCAACCGGCCCAAUGUCUUCCUGUACAUCUGCAAGCAUCACGGGCAGCAGCUGCAGUGUCGGGUGUUCUGGUGCAGCCGGGCAGAGCGGGCACGGGACAUAACGGCCUGUCUGGCUCAUUCCUUCCAGCGGGCAUUGAGCGACUGGCAGCAGGACGACUCGGCCACGCUGACGCCGGGGGAGGUGAAGGGGAAACGUGUAGAGGAGUCGUCCAGCUCCCCCGCCAACACGAAGAGCUCCACCCUGCCCGCCAGUCUGGGAAAAGUUCGCUGGAAGAAGAGAGGCUCCGUGUCUCGCAGCCCAAUGAGGGCCAUCACCAGACGGGGGUCUGCCUCUGACAGCUGGAACUGAACCCCGGCUUUAGCCCCCCAAACGUGGGACCACAUUAGCCUAAUGACAACCUCAAGGAUGACAGCACUGAGGGGAGGGAGGGAGUGAAUACAAGACAGAAGGAAGGACAAAGGGGAUGCAACUGGGCAAUGGGAACAUCCAUAUUUGGACAUACUGUAUUAGGACUCUGCUUGUGAGAGGAUGUUGCCAUUGUCAGUGAGUGUAUGGACUUGGAGGUUUGUGACGCAGCAAAGUUUUCUGAUGACUUUUGCAAAUGUAGCGUCCAGUGAAGCACAGGAUGCUGUUGACGGCUCCCGUUGUUCACCUGCCAACAGCAGCGUGAGGACUUGUGACUGGCUGCGAGCGAUUUGAGAACCAGAUGGAUUAAUUCCCGUGGCUCUUUUUGGUUGGCUGCUUGUUUUUUUUUUUUUUUUUUUAAAAGGAGUCUCCUUGAUGCUGAAGCAACCGAGGGGUUUGGUCUGUUGGAAAGAGACAAUGAAACCAACAAUGAUAUUGGCCAAAUGAUCCACAGGCAAAACUGGAAGAAGACGGCGACAAGAGUUCUGACAUUUUUGAAAGCUGAUUUUUACUUAACUGACAUUUGUGACAGGUCAUAAUGAUUUUAUUUUAUUAUUUUUAUUUUUUUGAACCACGUGGCACUAGCAAAUGUGUUUCUCUUCAUUUUUUUUUUUUUAAUUGGAUGGACAAAACCACACUUUUAAUCUAUGCUGUGAAAGUUUUGGCCAAGAUUACAUACUGUCAAGAUACAGAGAAAAAUGCUGGCAUGUCAUACGAAAAGUGAAGUAAAAUUUAGCUAUAGUCUGUAAUGCACACAAAUGCAGUUAUUUACAGUUAGUAAUUUCUGAGCAUUUUUCCAAAUGUGUCCAGCUGUGAAAUUUGACACCUGAGCAAAUCAGUUUGAUUCCUACUCAUGAAAUCCCAAGUUUUACCAUUUCUUACUGCAUUUUAGGAGGCUUCUAUGGAUUGCAUGACAGCCCCAGCAACUGCACCGUAAAUUUCAAAGUAGACCUUUGCAGAACUUGCAGGUCAACCAAAUCCUCCCCCUUGUAAACUACAGCAACAUCCUGCAGAAAAACAGAUCCCGACUGUCCACAGCGAUAAAUUAUUUGCAUUUAUGUGGGGAGGAAAAAACACACUCCGCUAUGACGUACGAGUUUGUUUGUGUCCGAACACUGGGAACGCUGUGUUCCCAUGUGGAGGCCUCUGUGAGGAAUGUGCGGCCGUGCACCUGCAUUCCAAUAGGGGAAAUCUGAGAUGGAGAAUCUUCUUAAAAGCCCCAAAUUCUUCUCCAUGUCCGCCGAUGACACUGCACUUGGAGCAGUCUCGUCAGUAGAUGCGACAAUGUGCUUUUGACUCUUGAGUCCUCCACUCGUUCUCAUUACCAAAGCCAUAAAAGGUGCCCUAACUACUUAAGUCCACUUUAAGUAAGGGUUAUAGGCAUUGAUAUGUGCAGUAUUGCAUAACAUGCUCUCAUGAUGGUGAUUGCUGUCUUAAGGUUUACAAAUUAGAGACUUGAGGAUUAGUGGUAAACCCUGAGGCUACCAUUCAGUUCUCAUUUUGUGUUUUCUGACUAAAACUAAGCUAGAGAUGUCGCCUUUGUGACAGGAAAGGUGCCUGUGUUUUUUGACUGAUGUGCCACUUGGUUUUUAUCAGUUAAUUUUAACGGUUUGUACCCCUUGAUGUAUCUUUUACAAAUGGCAAAACCCUCAUCUCAGAAAAGGGGUUGAAAGUGCCUUCUUUAAAAUGUAUUUUAUCAAUGUACUGUUUUGUCAUUGUACAUAUUUAAAUAUGUAUUUUAUGAUUAUUAAAACUUUUUA